UGAAAAAGAAAAAGAAGGUGAUUAAUAAGGGGAAACAAGUACAAAUGCAUCCUGAUGGAGACGAGAUUACUGGGCUCAUGCAGUUCCAUUCUAAGCUUGAGAAACAAAAGCAAUUGAGCAUGCAGCGACAGGAAAUUAGGAGAAAAUCAAGAUAUGAAUUCCAAGGUUAAAAAUAGCAAAAAUUCAUUGUAUUGAAUAUUUUACGGUGUAUGAGUGACAAAAAAUUGUCCUCAACUGCAUGUACAUUUAUAGAAGACAAUUUAGGUCUUGAGUUGAUGGGAAAAAAAGUUGAGAGAAGGUUGAAAAAGGAAAAUGCAAAAGUUGCUGCAACCAACAAAUCUGGGGGUAUAUCAAGGGGCCAAUUGAAAGGAUCUAAGGCUGCUCGUGGAAAAAGUAGUGGUCUAGAAAGUGGUGAAAGAAGGAGGAGUGGAGGGAUAAAUAAGGAGACAGAGGUGUGUAAUGAAAACAUUAAUGAUGUGGUGGUGCUUGAUACAGAAGAGGGCAGUGAGGCAGACUUGAAUGAACGUGAAGAAGCUGGCAAUGAUGAAGACUUCGUGAAUUUACCAAAACAAGUGGUGAGAAAGGGAAAAGAAUGUGUGGGCAGACCAAACAAGAAGGAGAAGAGGGCUGUGGUGAAUGACUUGAAGGUCCAGUACCAUAGCCUCUACACUAGAUCAUCACCGAAUGUAGUGAUGAAUGCUAUUGCGAAAUUGACUAACAAACAGCGAGAACAAGUGUGUGAAGUUGGGUUUGGGGCUUUCUUAGACCUAGGAAUCCAAGAGUUGCCGUCUAAUCUUGGUUAUUGGAUUGUGGACAACUUCGACCCAAUUAGUUGUUCACUGAAGUAAGGUAAAGGAAGGAAAAUUCACAUCACAGAAGAAGAUAUGGAGCUGGUUCUGGGAUUUCCACGUGGUGACACACCAGUGUUAAAGAAGGGGAAAGGAGAUAAAAGUGAAAUGCUGGAUGAGUGGGGAUCUUCUUUUGGAGGAAAGGAUAAGGUUUUGCCAAUAGAGGUGACGCGUGAAAUACUAAGAUGUGAGGAAGGUGGAGAUUGGUUUGUGCGGAACUUCAUAAUUCUCGUUAUAUCGACCUUGAUAGACAAUACAAGGAACGAAUACAUAAACUGCUCCUUCAUAAACAAUUUGUAGGACACAAAAGGAAUUAAAGAUUUAAAUUGGUGUGAAUACGUGAUAAAGGCUCUAAUUGAGAAGAAAAGGGAAUCGGCUAAAGGAAAGGAAAAGGCAUUCACCGGUCCGCUCCUUUUUUUGAUGGUGUUGUAUGUGGAUAGGAUAGAAGUAUAUAGAAGAAGCGUGCCUAGAAAGGUUCCCUUUAUAAUGGGAUGGAGCACACCGUUAUUGAGGGAGAGGCAAUAUGAAGAAAUAGAGACUGGAGGAUUUGAUUUAGGGUAUCUAGAUGAGAAGAUGACAAUCAACCGAGGGACAGGGAAUAGUGUCACUGCUAAAGAGAGAACCCAGGAUGUGAGAUAGCCCUCGACAGCACCGGGUGAAGAAUAGGACAUUCUGCAAUGCUUUGCUAAUAAGACCAGCACAUUUAUUAAGACAGCGACUGACAUCAUGAAUAUGUUAGAUGAAUCUCCCGAUGUAAUUCGUGGCAGUGAAGAGUUCAAAGAGUUGGGGAAAGCGGCGAAUAUGCUCAUGGCAGUUUUACAGAAGAAGAAUUCUCCGGAUUUUGUUACACCUACACAGAUGGACAGGGAGAUGGAGGUAUUUUGGUCAACCCUAGUCAACCUUGAAAUAUUAGCUGAAGCUGAGGUGGACGGUAUAAAGAUAACAAAGGUUCUUCAAAGGAGGGAAGAUAUGCCAAACUUUAGUAUAGGUCUCACACAAGACGAUCCACCAAAUGAAGUAAGCAAUUAUGCUCUUCUGGGGUUCGAGAAGAACAGUAUAAAUGAAAAAGGGAAUGAAAAAGCCGAUGCAAGUGUGCAACUGCCUUUAGAUAAGGAAAUGGUAACAGUUGGUGGUCAAUCAAGCUCAAAUGUAAAUCAUGUGCCGGAAAUCAGAAAGGACGUUGAAGAGACAAAAGAAUUGGGCCAGAUAAGAAGAAAACAAACGGCUGCAGCAACCAUGAAGUCACCCUACGUAAGAAGAGUUGUUGAUCCAAGUGAUGCAUUAACAUCAGAUGAACGCGCCAUGGGUGCUUGGAUACGUCAGAUGGAGAUGCCCUAUACAAGAGUGAGGUUAUUUUCAAAGGCCUUAACCAAUUGCAGCUUACCCGCGGCCAACUGAUGAGAAUCAAGGAUGGUCGACACAUCGAGGAAAGUGUAAUCAAUGCUUGGGCAUUCAUUCUUAAUUGUAAAGAGAAAGCCUGAAGCAGUGAGUCUACCAGUAGAUUAUUUGCUAAAGUCUUGCCCUGCCUUGACACACAGGCAGACCUGGGAUUGAAUGAAGACAGUGUUUACACCCUUUUUGUGGAAGCCAUUGGUUGGGGUUAGAGGCAAUAAAAAAGCACACUUCACUUUCAAAAGUUGAUUUGUUCUUCUUCCCAAUCGUGCAAGUGCAUCACUGCUAUAUACUUUGUCUUAAUACUAAGCUGAAGCGUGUGGAAAUCAUUGACAGUUCAGCGGCUAGCGUAGGAAAAUUUGAUAAAUACGGGGAAAUGCCUCAAAACGUGAUAAAUAUGUUUGUGAAGUACAUGGAUUCAAGGAAUAUGAUGACCAAAUCUGAUAAAGUCAGGAAGGCAACACCGAAGAGGCUAGGAAUGGAGUGGAGGCACACAAAGAACAUUUGCGACUAUGGCAUGUUCACAAUGCGACAUAUGGAGACAUAUCAAGGUCAAGGCUUGCAAGGAUGGAAUAUUGGGCUGAAGGAAACGGACACCAAACUGGUAGGGAUGUUACGCAUGAAGUACAUUUAUGCAAUUCCCCUGAAUGAGAAGAAUGAGUACAUGCAGUCAAACUUGGCGAAGGCAAAGAAUUUUGUCAAGAAAGCUAAAGAAGAGAAAGAAAAGGUGGCAGAGCAGAAGAAGGGAGCAGCGCCCAAUUAAUCAAUUCAGUGAAAUUUGAACU